AUGGCUAGUGAUGGACCUCGCAUUGACCCCGGUCCGAAAGAGUGGGGUGUACUAGAUGAAGAUGUGCAGCAAUGUCAUAGAUCCCAGGUGGUGUGGAACGAAGGACAUUUAAAGUCUCUGAGAGUGAGACGAGCUUCAGAGGGUAGGGGAAACAGAGAUGUACACGACCCAGAUGACAUCCCCCAGGACCUGCAGCAGCAUUUGGUGCGUGCAGGUUUUUGGCAUGCGGCUCGCAUGAGAAGAUUACCGAUUGACCAUAGGCUGAUUACUGCACUGGUGGAGAGGUGGAGGCCGGAGACUCACACUUUCCACAUGCCUGUGGGAGAGAUGACACUCACUUUACAGGAUGUUGAGGCCAUUCUGGGUUUACGCACUGAGGGUCGGGUAGUUUCCGGCUUUACCCAUGCCAACUGGGAGGACGUAAUUCUGCAGUAUAUGGGAAGAUCUCCACUUGAAGACGAUUUGGAUGGUGGAAACCUUAAGAUGAGUUGGUUGACUCAUCAUUGGGGUCAUUGGGCCACGCAUUCAGGUACUCACGAGGGACAGAUUAGGUACACUCGUGCCUAUCUGAUGCGUCUGUUUGGAGGUUUCUUGCUGUGUGACAAGUCAAGUUCAGUUGUCGGGUGUAGAUACACUCAACUAUUAGAUGGGGACUUUGAGGAAACCAAUACAUAUAGUUGGGGAUCUGCGGUACUUGCAGUACUGUUACGUGAGCUAUGUCAGGCAACAUCUUCAGGGGCCAGUGAUAUUGGGGGAUAUGUGUUUGUGGAUGACUGUACUUAUGGAUUAUUGUAA